AUGUUCAGAGACGUUUUGGAAUGCCGGAACUGUGGCGUGAUCCACAGGAGCAGAAAAUAUUGGCAUGGAAACCCUGAUCCGGAUGAAGCCGUGGAGAUGGAAAUAAAACAUGUUUGGCCUGGGCCCAGCACCGUUUUGCAAGGGACGCAUAAUGCCGCGAGGAAGGUUAUUGACGGAGUGUCGUACUUGUCAGAAACCGUUUCUACAAUCGGUUCUGGGGCGACCUCGGUUGAAUCUACUGGUGCUGUUCUUGUUCAAAGGAGUGUUCGGCGUGCAAAAAGGCUUUUGACAGUACCGGUUCGAAUGCUGCAAAGGGGAGAAAGCAUCAUUGUAGGAGCUGUGGUCAAGGCUUUUGCGCAGAUUGCUCUCGUUGGCGCCGACCUGUCUCUGAACGUGGAUGGGGAAGUGACGCUGUCCGCGUGUGUGAAUCACAAAGACAUGAGUACGCCUGAGACGGAUGUGCAUGUUCGGCAAAAAAUAGAAACCGUUUCUUCGACCCUUGGAACACUUACCUCUUUGGUUUUGGAUCUACCCAUCAAGUACUUGAAGGACACAAGCAGGCCACUGUACUGGGUGCCGGACGCGGAGAUCACUCGAUGCUUCGUGUGCCAGGAGCGGUUUGACGAGUUGCGCACAUUGCAUCACUGCCGCAGCUGUGGACAAGGUGUAUGCGACGAAUGCUCAAAUGGACGACGACCAGUGCCGAAUCGCGGCUGGGAUCAUCCUGUCCGGGUAGAUUUGGCGUACAUCAAAGGUGAACCCGGCGGCUUGGCUUUUUUGCGAGAGCUACAUGAAUCAGGUUUUACGAGUGAUUGUGGCUGUGAAUCGGGUGGAACAGCAGCAGUGACAUGCUUAUCCCUGGAAGUGUCAGCCUCUCAUUACACGACAGCAGAGGAUAGAGCUGUCAUCUAUCAGAUUUUUCUGGCAAACGUGCCCACCUCAAAGUUCAGAGGCCACGCCUUCCUCUGGUGCAACGACUGA